AUGGCAUAUCUUUCCACUCUUGUUCCUUCGCAUGUUCUUCUUGCUAUUUUCAGAACAUAUAUCUCAGAUCGGGGCGAUAGGCUGCAUUGGGUGCUGCACACUUCUGGAUUAGUUUCUUUCUGUGGAAGCUCUGUUAUAAAAGCAUUCCCAUUGAUGAUAGGAUUUGUAAUUUCAAGGCUCAUCUUCUUUCUCAAUAUCAUUGAUGUUCCACAGCUUCAGUUGAGUCCUUUCACCACCUCUUCUUUCAUGGCCAUCUUGCUUUCUUUAAAUGGUGUUAUCUUGGUUGUUAACUUUGAAGGUUCAUUUAUACUUGGUCGUGGUGCAGUGAGUGCUAGCACCAAUCUUGAUGCAGAGUUAGAGGGUGUCAAAAGCACCUUUGCUGCCCCUUCGAUUAUUGACAGGAUUUUGCCUCAUACUGUUUCCUUUAUGAACUAUAUAAUUUUCACUCAAAUCUUUAGAGAGCAGAAUAUGACAGCAGACACUCUUUCUAAGAUUGGUCUUAUUGUUGUGUUUGAGUGUUUCGGAUUAACUAGAUUUAUAACAAUGUUGUGGUUUCUACAUCAAAUUAUGAAGUUUGAAGUUAGUGCUUAUGUUGUACAAAAGAGUGUCUCGUUCAAGACAACCCUUCUCGGUCCAGAUGGAAAACAAAUAGGAAGUUGUAUUUGCAAAGCGGUGGAAUUCUACAAGGCGAGGCAUUCGAAUUUCUAUUACUCGGAAAAUGAUGUGUAUAGAAAUUUGAAUUAUUUCUCUAUCAUCAUCUUCUCCUACUUCAUGAGCUCUCGCAGUUCAAAAAACAAAAAUGUCAAUCGUCUCCCUCCUGGUCCGAAGCCAUGGCCUCUAGUUGGAUGCAUGCCGACAAUGCUAGCAAACAAGCAGUUCUUUCGCUGGAUACACAGUCUCAUGCAUGAAAUGAACACUGAAAUUGCAUGCAUUCGUCUCGGAAAUGUUCAUGUUAUCCCUGUCACCUCUCCUGAGAUUAGCUGCGAAUUCUUGAAAUCACAAGAUGCUGUAUUUGCAAAUAGGCCCUUAACCAUGUCUACUCAUCUCAUUUCAAGAGGUUACCUGACAACCGCGCUUGUGCCCUCCGGCGACCAGUGGAAGAAGAUGAAGAAAGUUGUCGAAACACAAUUGCUUUCUCCAGCAAAACAUAAGUGGUUUUACGAAAAAAGACUCGAAGCAGCCGAUCAUCUCCUUUGCUACGUGAAUAACCAAUGCACGAAAUCUACAGAAGUAGGCGGAUUAGUGAAUCUGAGACUCGCUACGCAACACUACUGUGGUAACGUGACGAGGAAGAUAUUGUUUAACAGGAAGUAUUUUGGAGUAGGAAUGGAAGAUGGUGGCCCUGGAUUUGAGGAAGAAGAGCAUACUAAUGCAAUUUUCACUGCUCUUACUUAUACCUAUGCUUUUUCUGUGUCUGAUUACUUGCCCUGCUUAAUAGGGCUUGAUUUGGAUGGUCAUGAGAAGAUAAUACAAAAUGCUAUUGGGAUCAUAAACAAAUAUCAUGAUCCGGUGAUUGAUGAGAGGGUUCGACAAUGGAGGGAUGGAGUUAAAAACCAAGAAGAUGACUUGCUCGACCUUCUCAUUACUUUAAAAGAUGCCAAUGGCAACUCCGUUCUGUCAAUACAAGAAAUUAAAGCUCAAAUAAUCGAAAUACUUAUGGCAGCAAUAGAUAACCCAUCAAAUGCUGUGGAGUGGGCAAUUGCAGAAAUGAUAAACCAACCAAAAAUUCUUGAAAAGGCAGUAGAAGAACUAGACAGGGUAGUAGGAAAGGACAGACUAGUUCAAGAAUCAGAUUUCUCACACCUCAAUUAUAUCAAAGCAUGCGCUAAAGAAGCCUUUCGACUACAUCCUAUUGUGCCCUUCAAUCUUCCGCAUGUUUCUGUAUCGGAUACAACAGUCUCAGGCUACUUUAUUCCAAAAGGGAGCCAUGUUUUGCUGAGUCGCCUGGGCCUCGGACGGAACCCUAGGAUAUGGGAUGAACCGCAUUUGUUUAAACCAGAGCGCCACAUAAACAAUGAUCAUGGCUCGAAAGUAGUUCUGACGGAGACUAAUUUGCGCUACGUUUCAUUCAGUACAGGAAAACGGGGGUGUCCUGCUAUCACCAUGGGAACAUCAAUGACUGUAAUGUUAUUUGCUAGGCUUCUUCAAGGGUUCAGCUGGAGUGCUCCGCCUAAUCAGACAAGGGUUGAUCUAACGGAGUCUAAGAAUAGUUUGGCACUUGCUAAGCCAUUGAUUGCACUCGCAAAGCCUCGUUUACCAGCACACUUGUACCCGGCAUGAUCA